AUGGCGGCACCCACCAAGACCCUAACUGCAGCAUGCCACUGCCGCAACGUGCAGUUCACCAUCACUCUCCCGACAGCCUCCCUGCCCCUCAACAUAAACCUCUGCCACUGCACCAUCUGCCGCUACGUGCACGGCGCACCAUGCUGCUUCCAUGCACCCUUACCCGUCGGCGUCGAUCUCGAGUUCAUCGCGCCAUCCAGCAUGGACCAGCUCACGAGCUACACGCACCCGUCCUUCCAAUCGACGAAAUGGUUUUGCACCAACUGCGGCUGCCACAUCGGGGACCAGUCGCUUACCGACGUGGAGUGGGUAAUCUCGACCUCGAUAUUCGAUGCGAAUCGUGAGGAGGAGGGGGUGUGGAAGUUCCAGACGCAUUAUUGCCCGGGGUCAGCGGCGGAUGGGGGGCUUUCGUCGGUCUUUUCUACGGUGGAUGGGCAUCAGCUGCGGAUGAUUGAUCCAGAGCCGGCGCCUGCAUCCCAAGUGGCGGGAACAGAAGAAGGAGAAGGAGAAGGAGACAGAGAUGAAGACGAAGACCUACUGGCACAGUGCCAUUGCGGUGGGGUAUCCUUCCGCAUCGCCCGGCCCCGGGACGAGUUCAUCGCCAGCUCCGCCAGCACAGGCUGGCUAUCGCCGAUUGACCCGAAGCGAUGGCUCGCCAGCAUGGACGUCUGCGACGACUGCCGCCUGGUGACGGGCACGAAUGUCAUCGGCUGGAUGUUUGUGCCUGUCGACCACGUCUCCCCGCGCCCACCAGCCGACCUACUGAUCGGCUCGUCCAAGGGGUACCGAUCCACGGAGGACGUGCUGCGGACGUUCUGCGGGACCUGCGGUGCGACGGUGCUCUACUGGUGUGCGGAGCGGCCGCAGAUCGUCGAUGUGGCGACGGGGCUGCUGCGUGCGCGCGAGGGUGUGAUGGCCGAGAAGUGGGCGGUUUGGCGGGCGAAUCGACCUGCGUGGCCGGAGAACGGGCUGCGGUACCACGGGGGCUUCAGUCGCGCGCUGAUUGAGGGGAUGAAGAGGUGGGGGACUGAGCGAGGGCAUGCGCAGGAAUUUGUGGUGCCGUAA